UGUGCAGGCUGGUGAAUGCAGGUGCACCUGCAGACACAGCAGGAGGUGAAGAUCCGCAUGACGGGCAUGGCGCUGCGCGUGGUGCGCUCCGACGGUGUCCUGGCACUCUACAACGGGCUCAGUGCCUCGCUGUGCCGGCAGAUGACAUACUCCCUGACCCGCUUUGCCAUCUACGAGACGGUGCGGGACCACCUGGGCCGUGGCAGCCAGGGCCCUCUGCCCUUCUACCAGAAAGUGCUGCUGGGCGCCGUGGGAGGUUUCACGGGUGGGUUUGUGGGGACGCCGGCGGACAUGGUGAAUGUCAGGAUGCAGAACGACAUGAAGCAGCCGGCGCACCUGAGGCGCAACUACGCCCACGCACUGGACGGGCUGCACCGGGUGCUCCGGGAGGAGGGCCUGAGGAAGCUGUUCUCCGGCGCUUCGAUGGCUUCGAGUCGAGGGGCCCUGGUGACCGUCGGACAGCUCUCCUGCUACGACCAGGCCAAGCAGCUGGUCCUCACCACGGGGCUCCUGUCUGACAACAUCUUCACCCACUUCCUGGCCAGCUUCAUCGCUGGCGGAUGCGCCACAUUCCUGUGCCAGCCCUUGGACGUGCUCAAGACCCGCCUGAUGAACUCCCAGGGCGAGUACCGGGGCGUCCUGCACUGCGCCGUGGAGACGGCCAAGCUGGGACCACUGGCUUUUUACAAGGGCUUUGUGCCUGCUGCCAUCCGGCUGGUCCCGCACACCGUCCUCACCUUUGUCUUCUUGGAGCAGCUGCGCAAGUACUUCGGGAUCAAAGUGCUGGUAUGAGGCAGGCGAGCAGGAGCAGGGGCCCAGCUGCCAUGCCCAGGGCAAGCCACCUCACCCCCUCCCAGUGCAGCUCGCUCUGCCUCCGGCUUCACCCCUCCCCCUCGCUUACCCGCUGGGCCGGCGCCUA